CUCAUUAAUAAGUGAUUCCCCUGGGAAGCUGUGGGCUUGUCAUACUGGAAGGCUCAGUCUGCAGGAGGCUGUGCCGGGGAAGGGACGUCCGUGGCUAUCAAUCACCCGGAGGGGGCAGAGAGGGAGGAGAAGGACCACAGAGCUGGGAACAUGGCGAGCUGGGAUCAGCAGCACACCAUCCUCUCCGUACAUCUCCACGGCUUCCUAUGUUUCCUGUCCGUCUCCAUCAGAUGUGCGCACUGUCAGAUGGUAGUGGCCCCCACAGACCCCCCGAAGCAGAAGCCGGACCCGGUGACCUCAGAGACGGUGGUGUUCUGGGGGCUGCGGCUGUGGCAGGUCAUCGGCGUCUUCUCCAUCUUCGUCCUGGCCGUCAUCAUCACGCUGUGCUGUAUUUUCAAAUGCCGAAUCCCCAGGACCAAGAAAGAGAUUGAGGCGCGGUACGCGCAGCGCCAAGCUGGGAAGGAGUACGCGGACAAGCUGGAGUCAGUGCCGCCAUUAAAUGAGCUGACCGAAAUACCAGGAGCCGUGAAAGCAGAACCCAAGAAGAAGGAAGUACCUACCGUGUCCGGGAAAGUAGAAGAAGAGGCCAAGAAGGAAGGGGCCAAGGGGGGCAAGAAAAAGGACGGCGAGAAGGGCAAGGAAGAAGGGAAAGGCGACGGGAAAGAAGCAAAGGAGGGAGGGAAGAAGAAGGAAGGAGAGAAGGGAGCAGCUGAUAAAAAGGGCAAAAAGGACGCAGCAGCAGAUAAAUCGGGCACCGCCGCAAAGUCUGGCGGCAAAGGUGGCGGCGAUGCAAAAGCAGGAGGGAGCAACCCGAAAUCUGCCGGGAAAGGUGGAGGGGGCGACCCGAAAUCUGCCGGGAAAGGUGGAGGGGGCGACCCGAAAUCUGCCGGGAAAGGUGGAGGGGGAGACACAAAAACGGCAAAGAAGCCGCCUGCUAAAAAGUGA